AUGAAGAAGGAGGUGUGCUCCGUGGCCUUCAUCAAGGCCGUUUUCACCGAGUUCCUGGCCACCCUCAUCUUCGUCUUCUUCGGCCUCGGAUCGGCCCUCCAGUGGCCGUCGGCGCUGCCUUCCAUCUUGCAGAUCUCGCUGGCUUUUGGCCUGGCCAUAGGCACCUUGGCCCAGGCCCUGGGGCCUGUGAGUGGCGGCCACAUCAAUCCCGCCAUCACACUGGCCCUCUUAGUGGGCAACCAGAUCUCCCUGCUCCGGGCUACCUUCUACGUGGUGGCCCAGCUGCUGGGAGCUAUUGCGGGAGCAGGCAUCCUCUAUGGGCUAGCACCAACAAAUGCCCGGGGCAAUCUGGCUGUCAAUGCGCUCAACAACAACACAACGCCGGGCCAGGCCGUCGUGGUAGAGCUGAUUCUGACCUUCCAGCUGGCGCUCUGUGUCUUCUCCUCCACCGACUCCCGCCGCACCAGCCCUGUGGGCUCCCCAGCCCUAUCCAUUGGCCUGUCGGUCACACUGGGCCAUCUCGUGGGGAUCUACUUCACCGGCUGCUCCAUGAACCCAGCCCGCUCUUUUGGCCCCGGUUUCAGCCCUGCACACUGGGUAUUCUGGGUGGGGCCCAUCGUGGGAGCUGCUUUGGCUGCCAUUCUCUACUUCUACCUGCUCUUCCCCAACUCCCUGAGCCUGAGUGAGCGUGUGGCUGUCGUCAAGGGCACAUAUGAGCCUGAAGAGGACUGGGAGGAGCAGCGGGAGGAGCGGAAGAAAACCAUGGAGCUGACUGCCCGCUGACCAGCAUCAGGCAGGAGCCAGCCCCUCAGCCCCUGAACCACAGGGGAAAAAAAAGAAAAAGAAAAAGAAAAACAUGACAGCAAAGCUUCCUUCCCCCACAGCUGGGUCCUCUGGGUUGGGGAGGAGGUACUGGCUCCCCAGGCUCCACAGUUAGAAAUGGGAGCAGGGAUCCAUGAUGGGGCUCUGGGUGGUGGCCAGGGGCUGGGGUCUGAUGGAAAGGGUAUCUCUUUGGGACAUAGCAGGCUGCUGCCACGAGGUCAGACCUCAGAGAUUAUGAAUGCAGCUCCAAGCUCGCAGGCUGCCCCAGGGCCAGGCCGAGAGGGGGUGGCCUGCACUCUUCAUCCCCCACUCUCCCUAGAUCCUCUUCAAGAGCCAAAGGGAUCCUAGCCCCUAGGACAGCAGAGGCUGACUCUCCCCAGAGCUCCUUAGGAGGGAGACAGACUGGUUCAUUAAAUGCUGCCUUAUUUAUUUCUGCUUAAAGAUUCAUGGGGUAGGGCUGCUGGUGUUUAGGGUGGGGACUUCCCAAUAAACCACUGACGUUCAUGUACUGCCUCAUCUCUCCCCAGAAGCCUCUUCUUGGGACACUCUGGCUCAUCGCCUCCCCUCUUCAUUAUCCCAAACCCUCCCCUAUGGAUCCCCAUGGGCUCCAUAGUCCUGUGAAAAAACCAGGGAAGCUGAGGCCAGGAGAGGCCUAGAGAGUCAGAUAUGGGGGUGGGGAAAGUGAGGAGGGCAAGGUCAAAUAUAGAAAUGGAGCUAGAGGUCAGGAGGGGGCAGUGGGAGCAGAGGAGACAUUCUCCUCACUGAGUCUCCCGCCCUAGCUAUGUCAAGUCCCUGCCAUUUGAGGAGGGUGUGCCAGGCACGGUGGAGAAGUAAACAGCCAGCAGCCUCUUGAGAU